AACCUUUGAAUCACGGCGACUCACCACCGCUCUACCUGACAACAUUUCGCGGCUGUCAGCCCAUUUUCCCGCGAAAAGCGACAGCACAUAGGAAGAACCCGACGCUUACAACGCCCAACUCCGGUCGAAAGCAGCUCCGUCUCCCAGCGUGUUCCCUGUCCACGCAUCGCGCCGCCGACGGGCCUCGAUCCUAGGAGCAUAGAAAAGCUGGUACGGCGAGGGGAGAGCAAGACGCGAUGAGCGAUAGCGCCCCGCCAGAGCUCCCCGCCGAAGGGGAGGCUCAUCAACCACCCAUUGCACCCGCCGAGACCAACGACGUUCCCGAAAAGACCGAAGCGCAAACGACAGUGGAGCGUUCCAUCGCUGAUCUGGCUGCUGCUGAGCAGACACCAGCAGCGGCAGGCGACUCGCAACAAGCUACAAAUGGCGUACCUCAAGAAACGAGUGACGCAACAGCGUCAGGGUCAGACCCAGCACCUGCUAUAGGGCAGACAACUACCUUGAACGAUGCACCACAAUCGGAAGAGCCGGAUACUAGACCUGCGGUCCUGAUCAUUGGAGGUCUUGGCUACAUUGGCCGUUUCCUAGCUACAUACAUCCACUCCAACAAAUUGGCCUCGACAUUACGAUUAGUCGAUAAACAGCUUCCACAGCUGGCCUCCCUCGCACCCGAACAUCUUGAAGCCUGCUCGACCAAUUUCCUCCAAGCCGACGCAUCGCGAGAGCAGUCUCAAUCACGUAUAUUCGACCUUCCAGCCAAAGCUGAUGGCAGCAAGCAAGAGUUCGACUAUGUCUUCAACUGCGGCGGCGAGACACGUUUCUCUCAGGAGGAUGAAGUGUACAAACUCCGAAGCUACGAGCUCAGUCUGACAGUGGGCAAGGAGGCCGCAAAACGGAACGUGAAAGCGUUUGUCGAGCUCAGUCUGGGUAGCGUCUACAACGGCUCCCGCACACCGCAGAAAGAGACGGACAAGACGACAAAACCGCACACGAAACAAGCAAAGUGGAAACUCGCGGCGGAGACCGAGCUCGCGAAGAUUCCCAAGCUAAAUCUCGUUGUUCUACGUCUGCCGAACGUCUACGGUCCAUACGUAGGCCGAUGGCUCGGCACCCAACUCGCUCUCGCUCGCCUCUACUCUUCGCGAACACCCAAAGCUACAAUGAAAUGGCUCUGGAGCGGCGACCUCCGCACAAACACCAUCCACGUCGAAGACGCCGCACGCGCCAUCUGGCUGGCAGCUGAAUGGCGAUCGAAGAACUCCUCCAUCCCUAAUGCCGCGUCCGCAGAUCGAAUCGUCUUCAACGUCGUCGAUCGCGGACAGACAACGCAAGGGACGCUGGCGAAUAUCAUCAAGGAGAUCUUUGACAUUGAAACCGGGUUUUACAACGCGCUGGUGAACACCUUUGCGAGGAUGAAUAUGGAUCAUGUGGUGGAUGAUGUGAACGAUGAUACUCUAGACGAUUGGGCGGAUUUACAGGAGAAAGCAGGCGUGAAGGGGAAUGGAGGGCCACUGACGCCGUUCAUGGAAAAGGAGCUGCUAAAGGAUGCGGAUUUGAGUUUAGAUGGGUCGCGGUUUGAGGAGGUCGUUGGGUUCGUGCCGAAGCACGAGCGAUUAUCGAAGCAGGAAGUCGAGGCGGUGAUUGAAAGUUAUCGGACGAUGAAGUGGUGGCCUUGA